ACACCUACUUAACAGCCACGCCCAUUUGCAAUGGCUGCUGCAGGAAGAGCUUCAAGCAAGAUGCUACGUGCCUUUGUUAGAAAUUCUGAAGGAGAAUCAGACAUUACAAUAAGCUUCUGCUUUAAUGGGAAGCGUCACCACCUCCACAGGCCAAAGGCUCAGCCCCUGAGUCAAACACUGCAAAGAAUAUCAUUAACUAUUGCUAAAAGUCUACAAGGACCCAGGAUUAAAAAUAAAAAAGAAAGGAUGUCUUCAGCAGACUCACCUCGCCCUCCUCCUCCUCUCGUUUCUCUAUUGAAGGACGAUGCAGAGACAGUACCAGAGGAUGUCCUUAAUGUUAAUGCAUGGACUAGUGACUCUCUUUUCAUUAUUGGUGAUCAAAGGUACCACGUUAUUGUAAAUAAUCCUCGUAUCAUCAAGUUGCAAGUCUCGGAUCUUGUAUUUGAAGGAUCUCCUUUAGUACCUCAAGUUUCGCUUGAGUUUGCUAGCAUCAACUACUGUAAGUGGUCAUGGCUAAGAAUUGACAAAUCUGCAUCUGUACAGGUUGGUUCUCAAGAUUUAGAAAUGGCUACAAUGGACUCCACUUACACUCCUUCUUCGAUGAAGUUAGCUCAGCUGGUUCAUGAAGGAGUCAUAUACUGGCCUACUAGAGCAGAUAUUGAUCAUCAUCUCUUAUUGCAGUGCACUCCAUUUAGAUCAGCAGAAGAAGCUGGUAAUCCAGUCUAUUACCAUACAUCACGGGUGAGGCCUCAGUUUAGUAUGAAAGCGAUAAGGAGAAGACAGGAGCAUACUCCUACUCCUCUCUCCUCUUCCUCUCAGCUUCGUGUCAUUUCUUAUAAUAUAUUGUCCGAGAAAUAUCUUGGAAAGGAUCCAGAGAAUCCUCAUCCAUUUUAUUUCUACUGCAAUAGUUUUGUGAUGCAGUCGUCUUAUCGUUACAGUCUCUUUAUAGUUGAGAUACUCGGGUAUAAUUUUGAUAUUGCUUGCCUUCAAGAGGUUGAUGAAGGCUACUUCAAUCUGAGUUUGCUACCUAUCAUGAAGGAAGUCGGGUAUGAUGGGGCCUAUAGCAGAAAGACAGGGCAGGUUGCAGAAGGAGAAGCUAUCAUCUUUCGAAGUUCAAAGUUUGAUCUAGUGCAGUCGUCUGUCAUCCCUUUAAUCCCUUACCUCCAGUCCAGCACUAGCUGUAAGGACUUAUAUAAGAGCAUACAAGAGGCACAACCAGUUCUCAGUAAUCUUAUGCGAAAGAGCUCAGUCCUACAGGUUGUUAUUCUAAAAGCUAAGGAUGACAAUCGCUACAUUAUUGUUGCUAAUACUCAUCUCUCCUCUGGACCGGAGGAAAGCUUCAUUCGCUUAAUGCAAACCAUAACUUGUAGUAAAAUUAUAUCUGACACUGUCACAGAGUUUGAAAGAUCUUUGUCUCCUGAUGCUAAGGUAUCGGUUAUAUUUUGCGGAGAUUUGAACAGUUGUCCUUGUACUGGUGGCUAUCAGUAUCUAACUGAGGGCUUUGUCUCUAAGUCACAUGUGGAUUGGACCUCUUACCAAUAUGAGGCCAUCCCUUCCUGUGGGUGCAAGCCAAGCAGUGAUUAUAGGAGUGCUUUGGAUGAGGAGUUGCUGAGAAAAAUGAGAGAUGAGCUACUGGAAAAUUAUGAAGAGGAAGAACAGGAAAAAGAUGAUCAAAGAGAUGAUCCUAUUCCUCCUCCAUUGCAGUCUAGUAACACUUUCAAUGGUCUUGAUGUUAGAAAUGACAUACCAUUACUUGAUGCGUGUGGUCCAUUGGAGUACACUCAUUACAGAGGUGUAUUUGUUUCCGUAUUAGAUUAUGUUCUUGUCAGUAGGGAGCAUUUUGAGAUACAGAAAGUCAUACCAAUGCCAAGCCACGAGGAAGUGACUGAAAACUUUGCUUUGCCAUCAGAGUCUUUUCCAUCUGACCACUUACCUCUGAUUUGUGAUUUAAAAUGGAAAUAGAUCUAGAAUUAUAUUUUAAUUUAUUUAUUAUUAUUUAUUAUUAUAAUUAUUUUGUUUGCAAGUGUGUAUCAUGUUUUAAAAGA